UGGCCUUUUGCUAAGAUGUGCCUUUUCCUUGCAGCCCACACGCUCGUCUGCUUUUCGUGCUCGGAUGCAUCCUCCAACUGGGCCUGCCUGACACCUGUCAAGUGUGGAGAGAAUGAAAACCACUGUGUGACAACGUACGUCGGAGUGGGAAUCGGUGGCAAGUCUGGCCAGUCCAUCUCCAAAGGCUGCUCUCCCAUUUGCCCCAGUGCUGGGAUUAACCUCGGCAUUGCGGCUGCCUCCGUCUACUGCUGCGACUCCUUCCUCUGCAACAUCAGUGGCUCUAGCAGCGUUAAAGCCAGCUAUGCUGUCCUGGCCUUGAGUAUCCUGGUUAGCUUUGUCUACAUCCUCAGGGCUCGUGAGUGAUGGGGAAGGCCAAAGAAGACCCAGCGCCAGGGGACCUCUGCAUCUCUGCAACAUGGCGCCUUGUCUUCCGUUGGCCAUCACAGGUCUCAUUAGCUGAUGUCUUCUCUAUUGUUGCCUACAAGGAGAUCUACUUCUCAGCAGGCUUCCAACAGUGAUUGUUUCCCAGACUUUACGCUCUUCCAGUAUCAGAGACCUGAGUGGCUGGGCCUAACCCUUCUCCUCCUCCUUCGGACAUACCCCACUGCACUCUAGCACUUCCCGGUGGAUUGUUUUGGAAAGGUUUCUGCUUUUUUAACCUGUGCCCCCAGUUUCUAAGGUUGCUUAAAACAAGGUUGGGACUCACUGAGAAGCAGUUGUUCCCAGACACCGCUCACUCAAGUGUUCAGAUGGUCCUGGAGGUGCCUGGCACCAAUGUGCCCCAGCAUGUGCCCCCAGGCAUGGGGAACGCGUGACCCCAGUGGAGACAAAUUCCCAAUCCCUGCAGCUGGAGUCUCUUUUUAUAAAUUUCUUCCAAUCUCGGGCUGACUUUUUCUGGAAAACAAAUGACGUGUACCUAGUCCCUCUGAGCUCUGUAAGUGCCAGACCUGAAUAAACAUGCUCCUGUUGUUACCUGAGA